GAGAGAGAGUGUGAGAGAGGAGGGAAGAAAGUGGGCAAUUUCUACUUUCUUUUUUAGAUGAGUACCAAUCUUUACAAAGGUUUCUGCUCUGCCCAUUCUUUUGUUUUUAUCUCUGCAGAUUUUGAGAUCGGAGCAGUCAACUAAUCCCCCCCUCUCUCUCUCUCUCUCUCUCUCUCUCUCUUGUUUUCUUUCCAUAUUUUUUUUAGUAUUUGUAAGGUCUGGUUGCGUCCACAUGGUUGAUUAUCUUUAGCUGCUGUAGAUUUGAACAUUUGGGUCUUCUUCUUCUUCUCUUCUUUUCUGUGUUUCCCUGAGAAAGGAAAGUAGCUUGGUUUUUUUCCUUCUAUGUGGUACUUUGGGGUUUGCAUGCAGGAAGGAAGUUGGGGGGGUGGGGGUGGGGUUCUGAAGGGUUAGAUAGAGAAAGAGAGACAGGGUGAGAAUGAAGAGCUAUAAGCUAGCAGGGAAAGAGUUCUCUGCUUGGUAGGAAGGAAAUAAGAGAACUUCUUUCCUUGCUUUGGCUUGCCUUUUUUCUCACUCUUUCUCUCUCAGUUUCUAGGGAGAGAGAGAGCUGGAGGCAUUAGUCCAUAUCUGUGUGUAUGCUCCUGCCUCCUCUAUUCUCUCUCCAUUUUUUCAUUUUUUUGCUUUUUCUCUUUCUGCUUUCAGUAUGGAUUUUAUUCAAAUAUAGAAAAAAGAACUGCAAGUCAAUAUAAGGAAGAUAAAAGGUGGGUUUUGAUGAGUUUUGGGGAUUUCCUAGAUAGGAACUCAGGUGGUGCAAGGGUAGUGACUGAUUUGCCUUACAACAUGCCUGUGGGUGCAAUCGCCCAUCCUCGCCUUGUUGCUCCCUCUGUCCUGGCCAGAUCCUCUAAGAUGUUUAACUCUCCUGGUUUAUCUCUAACACUGACUAGCAGCGCCGGUGGAGCACAGAUGGAUGGCCAGAUUCUUGGUGGUGGUCCGGUAGGAGGAGGCGGCGGCGGAGGUGGUGUUGUUGGUGGCGGAGUAGUUGGUGGUGGUGGUUCUGCUGAGCUUGAGGCCAGUAAGCCUAAAGAUGAUGAGUACGAAAGCAGAUCGGGUAGUGAUAAUCUGGAAGGAGGGUCUGGUGAUGAGCAAGACGGCGAGAAUCCUCCAAAGAAGAAAAGAUACCACAGGCACACUCCCCAGCAGAUUCAGGAACUUGAAUCGCUCUUCAAGGAAUGCCCUCAUCCCGACGAGAAGCAAAGGAUGGAACUGAGUAAAAGGCUGAAUCUCGAGAGCAGACAGGUUAAAUUCUGGUUCCAGAAUAGACGUACCCAGAUGAAGACACAAUUGGAGCGCCAUGAGAACUCCAUACUGAGGCAGGAGAACGAUAAGCUUCGAGCUGAGAACAUGUCCAUUCGAGAUGCCAUGAGAAAUCCUAUCUGCAGCAACUGUGGAGGGCCUGCUAUUCUCGGGGAAAUCUCAUUGGAGGAGCAGCACCUCAGGAUUGAGAAUGCUAGGCUAAAAGAUGAAUUGGAUAGAGUUUGCGCCCUUGCGAGCAAGUUCUUGGGCAGGCCUGUGUCAGGCAUGUCUUCUGUACCACCGAUGCCAAGUUCAUCUCUUGAGCUUGGUGUGGGCAGCAACGGUUUCGGCGGAUUGAGCAGCGUGGCUACCACACUUCCUGCUGGCGCAGCCGAUUUUGGUGUCGCCGGUGCUCUUGGUGUCGUAGCGCCGAGGCCUCCUAACGUGAUGAGUGUUGAAAGGUCGAUGUUGGCGGAAUUGGCACUGGUCGCCAUGGACGAACUUGUGAAAAUGGCCAACACCGACAGGCCUUUAUGGAUCCCCAAUUCGGAAGGUGGAAGGGAGACCCUUAAUUAUGAGGAAUACCUACGAGCAUUCCCUCGUUGUAUAGGGCCAAAGCCUGUUGGAUAUGUCACGGAGGCGACUAGGGAGACCGGCCUGGUUAUUAUAAACAGUGUGGCACUAGUUGAGACUCUCAUGGAUCCGAAUCGUUGGACAGAGAUGUUCCCAUGUAUGAUUGCAAGGUCAUCCACUACUGAUGUCAUCUCAAGCGGUCUAGGCGGGACACGAAAUGGCGCUCUUCAACUGAUGCAUGCGGAGCUGCAAGUUCUUUCUCCCCUCGUGCCAACCCGUGAAGUUCGCUUCCUCCGGUUCUGCAAGCAGCAUGCUGAGGGAGUCUGGGCUGUGGUUGACGUCUCCAUUGACAGCAUCAGAGAGAGCCCGACUACUGCUGGAUACAUGAGCUGCAGGAGACUUCCGUCUGGGUGUGUUGUCCAAGAUAUGCCUAAUGGCUACUCGAAGGUGGUGUGGGUCGAACACGCUGAGUACGACGAUGGCGCGGUUCAUCAACUGUAUCGUCCGUUGCUAAGCUCGGGCAUGGGGUUCGGAGCUCUCAAGUGGGUUGCAACCCUGCAGAGGCAAUGUGAGUGCCUCGCCAUUCUCAUGUCCUCCACCGUGCCGAGCCGCGACAGUGCAGCGAUCACGCCGGCCGGCCGGCGAAGCAUGCUGAAGCUGGCGCAGCGGAUGACCGACAAUUUCUGCGCUGGCGUCUGCGCCUCCACUGUACACAAGUGGAACAAGCUGUGCGCGAGCAAUGUGGACGAGGACAUCCGGGUGAUGACAAGGAAGAGCAUCGACGAUCCUGGCGAGCCGCCUGGGGUGGUGCUCAGCGCGGCGACGUCCGUGUGGCUGCCGAUAUCUCCGCAGAGACUCUUCGACUUCCUUCGGGAUGAGCGGCUCAGGAGCGAAUGGGACAUUCUAUCCAACGGGGGGCCGAUGCAAGAGAUGGCCCAUAUCGCCAAGGGCCAGGAUCCCGGAAACUGCGUCUCCCUUCUUCGUGCUAGCGCCUUGAACGCCAACCAGAGCAGCAUGUUGAUACUGCAGGAGACGUGCACCGACGCUGCGGGAAGCCUCGUGGUGUACGCUCCGGUGGAUGUGCCUGCCAUGCACGUCGUGAUGAACGGCGGCGACUCGGCCUACGUCGCACUGCUGCCUUCCGGCUUCGCCAUACUGCCCGGCCACACCAGCCAGCUCGGUGGAGGAAUAAGCCCGCCGCCGGGGAGGGUGGGUGGCUCGCUCCUGACCGUGGCGUUCCAGGUGCUGGUGAACAGCCUGCCGACGGCCAAACUCACCGUGGAAUCUGUCGAGACCGUUAACAACCUUAUCUCCUGCACUGUUCAGAAGAUCAAAGCUGCUCUCGAUUGCGAGAACUAACCUUCCUCUCUCUCUCUCUCUCUGUCUCUCUCUCUCGAUAACGAAAGAAACGAGCAAACAAAAAUAAGAGUGGGUGCUGGGGACUCCUGUAUGCGGAGGCGAAAUGACCAAAACGACCUUGAAUUUCGAUGGUCGACGAUGGUGUGAGUUUGGGGUGGUUUUAGUCAUUUUUGCCUUCGUGUUCGGGCUUUUUAUCUGCUGUUUCGUCUAAAACCAUGGAAAACGAAGGGUCUGAGUCAAGAACGAACCGCUUGUUUUGGAAAAGGUUUCCCAUGCAAGGUAGUGAGAACCAGGAUUCUGCGGCAGAAAAUGCUGAAGCUCUGUUUGUUUGACUUCGGAAACAAUGGUGGUGGUGGUUCGGGUAUUGACUCGUCAAGCCUCUGCGUUUGGUGGGUGUUUGUUUCUCAUGUUACUUUUCCAAGGGUCCUAGUCCAGUAGGCGCUAAUGUGAUGGUGACAAGACAAAGUGAGCGAGCGUGGUGUUUGUUCUAGUAAGCCUCUUGCGUUUCUCUUUCCCUAUUUUAUUUUUUCUUGUUUUUUGUUUUCCUCCGUCUAUGGUAUAACAAUUGUCUCAUUUUUUGUUCUUUUGUUAAUUUUGGGGCAUUUCGUGUUGCGUUGGUUGCACUCUACAGCUUCCUUUUCACGUAGGUUUUGCUUUUGGAUUUACUCUUGGGAAAAAAGUUCACCCUUCUUUGUUGUCCGCUUGUAAAGGGCUUUUUCGUCUAUUAUGGAAAGCUUUGACCGUCUCCUGUUCA